AUGCCCGGCGAACAGUGGACAGACACCGAGGAUCGAGAUUUGCUCGAUUUUUUAUACAACGAGCUACGAAGCAGGGAUCCGACUCGAAAGGAAAACGCGCAAUUGUACAGAGGGAACAGGGUGUGGAAGCGCUAUGUGGAGAUGAAUCCGGACACAAAACGCUCAUUUCAAUCUCUUCAAUCACACUUUCGACGACAUGUAUGGGGCGAAAAAUUUUGCUAUUUAAAUUACCCACCCGAGAAGCUCUUCUAUUUAAUUAAACAUUUGGGGCAAACGGUGAAAUCCGAGGAUAAGCAAUGGCUGGAGAAGCGCUGGCCAUACAAACUCGUGAUCUCGACAAAGGGAUUCUUGCAAGAAUAUAAACGGGAUACAUCGCCACGAAAAAAGCCGGCCGAAGACCUGGAUGAAAGCGAAGAGACGCCGAGAAAGAAGAAAAGAAAUGCGCUAGAAACGAGCACAAGUGAAGUGCCCGAUUCGCAGCCCCCCUCGAUCAAUCCGUGUCUUCCCUUGAAACGUCAAGAAAUGAACGGGAUGUUUUCGAUUUUGACGAAUCGUCCAAUUCUUCACAAAUUGGCUUCUCCGUAUCACUUCAAGGCCCUGCAAAGACUCUACCAACAAAAAUUAUCAAGAAACGCA